AUGAAAGCAAAGUCGAUGAAGAGCAUAAUAUCUGUGCCAAUAUCAGUGUCUAAAACAGGGAAAAUGAAGUUAACAGCAUCUCCCGAUAAUCUAGCAUCUAUGAUGUCUAAAGACCAAAAUAAACUUAUUCAUUUAGACCCAGUUCCGUCUUUUGAGGACAGGCACGAGAUUAAACCGUGGCUACAGAAAAUAUUCUAUCCUCAAGGAAUAGAUAUAGUCAUCGAAAGAUCAGAUAGUAGCAAAGUUACUUUUAAGUGUAGGUCAGUACGAUCGAAAGUAGGGUUGAACCCUAAAUCCAAAGGUUCCUCUUCAAGAUCCCAUGCAUGUCCAUUUAGAAUUAGAGCAGCCUACUCUGUGCGGUUACAGAAGUGGAACGUGGUUGUUAUGAAUAACAUACAUUCACAUGAGCUGAGAUUUGAUUUGAUUACUAAAACGGAUGACUAUAAAAAGUUUAAGGAAAAUCUUCGUCAGAAGAACGACGAAAAAGCCAUCAAAACAUUUGAUGAAUUAGAAUAUAAAGCAAGUCUAAACUUACCACUCGUCACACCAAUUAUUUCUUGUGACUGUGGGUUAACCAAGGAAAUUGAAGCUUUCAAUAACAUUUUUCUCCCACUAUCAAACCCCCCUUUGACGUCUAAAAAAAAUUUGCUCAAAACAAAUAAAAACUCCGUUUCUAAAAUAAAAUCCAGACAGAUGGAUAAUUCGAAACCUAGGCCAAGGUUGAAAACGAAGUUGGAUGCGGAUCUACAUGAUACCGGAUUUUUAGACAAUUUCAAAACGCGGAAUUCCUGUGUAAAGAUAGAGAAAGAAGAUUCUUUAACGAACUUAAACGAAAUUGAUUUUACGAACAUGUUUUGCAACGACAAUUUCAUCCAAAAUUACAACCAAGGCCUGAUGGAACUUUUGACAGAACCUACACCAGGUCCUUCGUCCUCUUCUUGUAUACUUCCUUCAACACCAACGAGGCCCUUGUCACAAAGCAAAAUGGAUAUAGCCCUGUCAGAAUCAACAACAUCUUCACCAAAUUUUAUGGAAACAGACGCUCCUUAUGGAGAUGAGAUCAUUAAAGUUUCCAAAGAUACCAAAAGCAACGCACCAACUGCUGAUACAGAUAUUGCUACGAACUUAGGCAAAGAGAGAAACGAAAAUUUUGGCAUGUUAAACUACAACUACGAAGCGUUGCUUCAUUUCAACGAUGAGCAUUUUAAUGAAUUAAAUUCUAUUGACCCAGCCUUAAUAUCAAAAUAUUAA